AGCGGGGACGGCCUGGGCCCGGCGGUCUCCGAGAUGUCCCGAUGGCUGACCCCAUGGUCCAACUGUGUCAAAGAGCGGAUCUGCCGCUACCUGCUGCAGUAUUACUUGGGUCCGUACUUCCAGGAGCGCCUCAGCCUGGAGCAGCUCAGUCUAGACCUGUACAAGGGCAGCCUGGCCCUGCGGGACAUACACCUGGAGCCCUGGUACGUGAACUGUCGAAUGGAGCCCCUGCAGCUGCCCCUGGAGCUCGCGGAGGGCUUCGUGAGCUCCAUCGAGGUGGAGGUGCCCUGGGCCUCGCUGCUUACCGACCACUGCACUGUGCACGUGUCCGGCCUCCAGCUCCUGCUGCAGCCCCGCCAGGGCCCAGGCCUGGGACACGUGCCGGCCUGCAUGACCAGCAGCCUGGAGAUGGCGCAGGAGUGCCUGCGGGAGGGGGUGCCCGAUGCCUCAGAGUCGCCAGAGCCCCUGGACGGGCUGGAAGUGUUUGCCCAGACCAUCGACUCUGUGCUGCAGAGGAUCAAGGUGGUCAUCGCAGACUGUGUGGUGAGGGUGGAGCACACGCUGGAGGCCCCAGAGCGCAGCCUGGCACUGGAGGUCCAUGUUCAGAGGCUGGAGUACUAUGACGAAUCCUUGCUGGACCCCAAGCAGGCGCCCUCAGUGGACGUGCGCCCACCGCCCGCCUUCCUCCACAAGCGGCUCCUCAUGGCGGGGGUCCGCCUGUGGUUCGAGCUGCUGUCCUCACAGGGGGUGCCCCCACAGCCCCUCUUGCAGAUCGGCAGCUGCUCGGGGUACAUUGAGCUGGCGGUGAAGCUGAAGAAAAAGGAGGCUUUGCCGGGCCCCAAGCUGGAGGUGACCGGACAGUUGGGUUCCCUGCACCUGCUCCUGACCCCACAGCAGCUCCAGCAGCUUCUCGACCUGCUGGCUGACCUGGGCCUCGCAGACUCCGAGGGCCUGGCGGACAAGAGAAACAAGAGCCGCCCACUGGGCGUGGAGGACAUGUGGCUGAUCGAGCAGGACCUGAACCAGCAGCUGCAGGCGGGGGCCGAGCCUGAGGCUGAGCCCCUCAGCCUGGACCCCCUGGUCAACCUGGACAGCAGUGAUCUGUUCUUCUCCAUGACCGCCGGCCUGACCAGCAGCAUCACCUCCACCGUCUCCGAGCUCUCGCUGUCCGAAGUGGACCUGAGCUCCUCCGUGCACAGCGGGCCCGGCCCCCGCCGCCUCUCGCAGGCCCGCCCAGCCGGCAAGUUGGCCCCCACGCCCCUCCCAGACACGCUGCGCCCCGACUCGCUGCUGAAGAUUACCCUGGGGGGCGUCACGCUGACCUUGCUGCACACCUUUGCCCCGGACGCCCCGCCCCCCAACCUCAUCGCCUGCUUCUUUGCCGAGUUCGAUGCCACCAAGGACGGGCCCUUUGGCACUCGAGAUUUCCACCACCUCCGGUCCCGCUUCCAGAAGGCCUGUCCCCACAGCCAUGUCCGGCUCACAGGCACCGCCAUGCAGCUGAACUGGGAGCUUCGGACGGGCGCCCAGGGCCAGCGCGCCACCAGCACGGAGGUCCGCUUCGGGCAGCUGGAGGUGCUAGAGUGCCUGUGGCCCCGCGCCACCUUGGAGCCUGAGUACACAGAGGUUCUGAGCUUCCCCGGCAGCCUGGGCUCCCAGGUCUCCGCCCAGCCUUGUGCCCGCCUGCGUCACACACAGACCCUGCGACGAGCCUCUAAGAGCCGGCAUCGGCGGCAGGCCACGUGCCACUGCCACUCAGAGGUGGUCUUGGAGCUGGCCGACUUCCAGGCAGAAGUGGACCUGGCCGUCAUGGAGAGGCUCACUGCCGCGCUGCGCCUGGCCACCAUGCCCACAGAGCGGUCCCCAGAGCGGCCCGCAGGCCUGAUGACAGAGCCCCCAACGGCUGCCGCUGAGCAGCGGAUGGUGGUGGGGCUCUCGGCGCCCCGCGCCACCCUUCUGCUGCGCUUCCCCAUCGCUGACCUACGACCCCAGCGGGACCCCUGGGCUGGCCGGGCCGUGCGGACGGAGCAGCUGCGGCUGGAGCUGAGUGAGCCCCAGUUCCGGUCAGAGCUUAGCAGUGGGCCUGGCCCCCCGGUCCCCACCCGCCUGGAGCUUACCUGUUCCAACCUGCAUGGCGCCUACGAAGACGGGGAGAAGCCACCGGUCCCCUGCCUGCGCGUCUCCAAAGCCCUCGACCCCAAGGCCCAUGGGCGCAAGUGCUUCCUGCCCCAGGUAGUGGUCACGCUGAACCCCCCUCCUGGCCUCCCGCCGUGGGAGGGGGUGCUGGACAAGGCUGUGGAGCUGGAGGUGUCCUCCACCGAGAGCCCCUGUGAGCUACGGGAGCCCGAGCCCUCGCCCUUCUCCUCCAGGAGGACCAUGUACGAGACCGAGGAGAUGGUGAUCCCUGGAGACCCCGAGGAGAUGAGAGCCUUCCAGAACCGGACCCUGGCGCUGUCCCGCUGCAGCCUGGAAGUCAGCCUGCCCAGUGCCCACAUCUUCCUGCCCAGCAAGGAGCUCUAUGAGAAUAUCUACAAUAGGAUCAACAACGACCUGCUCAUGUGGGAGCCUGCAGACCUUCUCCCUACACCCGGCCCCACCGGCCCUCCCCCCGGCUUCCCCAACCCCUUCAGGAUGUGCAAGUCGGCCUUUAAGCUGGACUCAGACUCUGAAGACGAGGACACCCGCUACUUCUCAGUGGGCGCGUCAAGCGUGCCCCCCACCCGAGAGCCCCCGAACCCCCACUCCCAGAGUGCCUUCUCUGUCCAGGUGACAGUGCUGAGGGGUCGGGUCACCGCCCUCUGUGAGAGCAAGGGCGAGGGAGGGCAGCGGCUGGAGGCCCAGCACGGGGAGCUGGUACUGGACGUGGAGCACAGCACCCUCUUCAGCGUCUCCCAGCACCGCGGCCAGCCAGGGCUCGGCUACUUCUGCCUGGAAGCCGAGACAGCCACCCUCUACCACCGAGGGGCUGUGGAUGACUACCCGCUGCCCACUUCCCUGGAGGUGCCCAGCUUCACGCCGCCGGCCCAGCUGAGCCCGACCAUCUACCCCUCGGAGGCAGGGGUAGCUGAGCGGGGUGCCUCCAGCCAGAAGGGCCAGGGCCGGCCACCCCCCAUGCUGUCCACUGCAGUGCGCAUUCACCUGGACCCACACAAGAACGUCAAGGAGUUCCUAGUGACAAUGCGCCUGCAUAGAGCCACCCUGCGUCACUGCAUGGCCCUGCCCGAGCAGAGCUGGCAUUCCCAGCUGCUAGACUUCUUAGACGUGCUGGACGAGCCUGUGCUGGGCUACCUGCCCCCCACGGUCAUCACGGUCCUCCACACGCACCUGUUCUCCUGCGCCGUGGACUACAGGCCCCUUUACCUCCCUGUGCGUGUCCUGAUCACCGCCGAGACCUUCACUCUCUCCAGCAACAUCAUCAUGGACACCUCCACCUUCCUGCUCAGGUUCAUCCUCGACGACUCUGCCUUGUACCUGUCCGACAAGUGUGAGGUGGAGACCCUGGACCUUCGGCGAGAUUACGUCUGCGUCUUGGACGUUGACCUCCUGGAGCUCGUCAUCAAAACCUGGAAGGGGAGUGCCGAGGGCAAAUUGAGCCAGCCGCUGUUCGAGCUGCGCUGCUCCAACAACGUGGUGCAUGUCCACAGCUGCGCCGACUCCUGCGCGCUGCUGGUCAACCUGCUCCAGUACGUACUGAGCGCGGGAGACCUGCACCCCCCACCCCGGCCCCCCAGCCCCACGGAGAUCGCCGGCCAGAAGGUACAGCUCUCCGAGAGCCCCGCCUCCCUGCCCUCCUGCCCACCACCCCUGGAGACAGCCCUGAUCAACCAGCGGGACCUGACCGAUGCCCUCCUCGACACAGGCCGCAGCCUGCGGGAGCUGGCCCAGCCCUCAGGUGGCUCCCUCCCUCAGGCCUCCCCCGUAUCCGUCUACCUGUUCCCAGGCGAACGCAGCGGGGCCCAGCCCCCAUCGCCAUCUGCCACAGCCCCCGCCUGCGACCACCGGCCGGAGAACAAGGAGGAGGACAAGGAAGAGGCCGACGGAGACACCCUGGACAGUGACGAGUUCUGCAUCCUUGAUGCCCCUGGCCUGGGCAUCCUCCCCCGGGAUGGGGAGCCCGUGGUCACUCAGCUGCUCCCAGGGCCCAUCGUUGUGCAGGACGGGCACUUCUCACGGCCUCUGGGCAGCACGGACCUGCUGCGGGCACCCGCCCACUUCCCGGUACCCAGUAGCCGCCUGGUGCUCCGAGAGAUCUCCCUGGUCUGGCACCUCUACGGCGGACGGGACUUCGGCCCCCACCCCAGUCACAGGGCCAAAGGGGCCUCCCCUUCCCGCUGCUCCGGCCCCAACAGGCCCCAGAACUCCUGGCGCACCAAGGGGGGCAGUGGGCGGCAGCACCAUGUCCUCAUGGAGAUCCAGCUCAGCAAGGUGAGCUUCCAGCACGAGGUGUACCCCGAAGAGCCCUCGGCCCCCGUGCUGGGGCUAGAGGAGCAGCCCCUGUCGCGCCAGGUGUUCAUCGUGCAGGAGCUGGAGGUGCGCGACCGCCUGGCCUCCUCGCAGAUCAACAAGUUUCUGUACCUGCACACGAGCGAGCGCAUGCCACGGCGCUCCCACUCCAACAUGCUCACCAUCAAAGCGCUGCACGUGGCCCCCACGGCCAGCCUGCGGACCCCGGAGUGCUGCCUCCGCGUCUCGCUGAUGCCGCUGCGGCUCAACGUCGAUCAGGACGCCAUCUUCUUCCUCAAAGACUUCUUCACCAGCCUGGCGGCGGCCAUCAACCCCAUGCUCCCAACCACCCGGGGGGCCGCCUCCUUCGGCUCCUCCACCGCCUCGGCCGCCUUGGAGCUCAGCAACCGCCUGGUGCAGGCCAUCCAGGCCACAGCGGAGACGGUAUAUGACAUCCUGUCCCCCGCCGUGCCCGUCUCCCGCUCCCUGCAGGACAAGCGCUCCUCCUCCAGAAGACGCAGGGGCCAGCAGCCCGCCGACCUCCGAGAGGGGGUGGCCAAGGCCUACGACACGGUUCGAGAGGGCAUCCUGGACACGGCUCAGACCAUCUGUGACGUCGCGUCCCGGGGCCACGAGCAGAAGGGGCUGACGGGCGCCGUGGGCGGCGUGAUCCGCCAGCUGCCCCCCACCGUAGUGAAACCACUCAUCCUGGCCACCGAGGCCACGUCCAACCUGCUGGGGGGCAUGAGGAACCAGAUCCUCCCGGACGCCCACAAGGACCACACGCUCAAGUGGCGCUCCGAGGACGCACAGGACUGAGCGCCAGGCCCCAGCGGCCUCUGCCUGCCACCCCCGGGGAGCCACCAGCCCUGCCCCUCGGGGCUGCUGCCAGGACACCCGCCUCCCCGCCUUGGGGCCCCGGCCCUAUCUCUGCACUUUUCUUUGGGAUGUGGGGAGCAAGGACACAGCCCUCACCCUCACCUCGGACCUCGGACCCUGACUCCCCUGCACAGCCAAGCAUCGUUCUGUGACUUCGGGGGGAGGUCGGGGACGGACACCGUGGGGUUCGGUCCUCCCCGCGGGGUGGGUCACCGUGUCUGCAUGAAGUGGAAUAAACUGUGCCCACUGCCA